CCAUGGAUGUUCAGUCACUAGAGUCCCGCUUCGAGGGCAUCUCAGUCAACGACGAGAACCACGAUCAAAACUCACACAAAUCAAAGACUAUGCUAUCCUCCAUUCCUCAACAGCCCACGACACCCAGACAGUUCCACCUCGGCAUGUUUGAAAUUGGCAAACCUCUCGGCAAGGGCAAGUUCGGAAGAGUAUACCUUGCGCGAGAACGCUCUAGUGGCUUCGUCUGCGCGCUCAAGGUUCUACACAAGAUUGAGCUUCAGCAAGGAAAGGUCGAGAAACAAGUCCGCCGAGAGAUCGAGAUCCAGUCGAAUCUUGCCCAUCCCAACAUCCUUCGCCUCUUCGGUCACUUUCACGACAGCAAGCGCAUCUUCCUGAUCCUCGAGUUCGCCGGCAAAGGUGAGCUUUACAAGCAUCUUCGUCGCGAACAACGCUUCCCUGAAUGGAAAGCCGCCUCAUAUGUUGCCCAAAUGUGCGCUGCUCUCAAAUACCUGCAUAAGAAGCACGUCAUCCACCGUGACAUCAAGCCCGAGAACAUUCUGGUUGGCAUCCAUGGCGAAAUCAAGAUUAGUGACUUUGGCUGGUCGGUGCACGCUCCCAACAACAGGAGAAACACCAUGUGUGGAACUCUCGAUUACCUUCCACCAGAGAUGCUGAAGCCCGGCAAAGACGAGAACUGGUACAACGAGAAGGUCGACUUGUGGAGUUUGGGGGUCUUGACGUACGAGUUCCUUGUAGGAGAGGCGCCUUUCGAGGACACCCCUUCCAUGACACAAAAGCGCAUUGCCCGUGGAGAAAUGACGAUUCCUCCAUUUGUGAGCGCUGAGGCUAAAGAUUUGAUCAAGAAGGUAUGCUCAAUUCCAGAAUCUAGAUUGGAUUAUCACGUUACUAACAGAAUUAUAGUUGCUUGUUCUAGACCCAGAAAGAGAAUCCCCUUGCACGAGGUGGAGCAACAUCCUUGGAUCAUCAAGCACUGUGUCAAGGGCGAGAGAGCGUACAACAGGACCUCUGCCAGCAGCAACAAGCAACGUCCCAGCGAG